AUGUUCGCCAAGAUUGCUAUUACCCUCGCUGCUCUCGUUGCCGGAGUGAUGUCCACUCCAGUCCAAUACGGCAGUGGCUCGGCCCUCGUAUCCCGUGGCGGACACGCAAUCUCUUUCAACAACUGGGGAGGCCACAAGUCUUUGAACCACUUCGACAACUUCUACGGCGCCGACAACUUUGACGCCUCUGUCCACAUCAACCAGGUUGUUGAGCAGAAGGAAGUCGUCGUCUGCCACACCCAGGCUAUCGAGAUCAUCCAACAACGUCUUGUUGUCCUCCAGGAAAUGGCCAAGCGCAUCAUCACCGAGCAAGUCUGCGAAGUCGAGACCCAAACCAUCGUCUUCCAGCAAUUCCACGCGAGCUUCAACAACUUCGACCACGAUCUCCGCCGCAUCUCCGGUCACCAGGUCGGCUAUGACUCGAGGAUCGCCAACCACUUCAGCGACAUCGUCGGCCACGACGGCUCCCUCAGCUCGCACGACUUCGGGUUCUCUGGCCGUGAUGUUGGAUCCCACACCGUUGUUGUUGGCGGCCACAACUGGGAUGACUCCCGCUCCCCCCGCAGCGUCGGGCUUGCCUACAGCGCCGCCAGGAGCGCUAUCAGCUUCUAA